AUGUCAUGUGAUGUCAGAGAUGCAAUAAAAUUUGCACAUGACAUAUUGUCACCAGUUGUUGUUACCCGCUCAAAUUCUGAUUAUCAGCCUCAACAUUUUCUUGGGUUCGUUCGGUUAUUUUGUCCGAUAAAGAUGUACGAAAAAAUCAAUGUUGAUCUGAUGCACAAUUCGGGCAUCCGAAUUGUCGAUUUGCGAAGUGACACUGUUAGCAAACCGACGCCCGAAAUGAGAGACGCCAUGUAUAGGGCUCCUGUAGGAGACGACGUUUACGGUGAAGAUCCUACUGUUGCUGAUCUGGAAAGACGCGCAGCUGAACUUUUGCAAAUGGAAGAAGCUGUUUUUGUUGCUAGUGGAACUAUGGCUAAUUUAAUUGCCAUUAUGGUCCACUGUAAUCAACGUGGAAGCGAAAUUAUAUCAGGCGAUCAUGGACAUACAUUUAAAUUCGAACAAGGUGGUACCGCUCAAAUAGCUGGAGUCCACACUGCAGUUAUAAAAAACAAUGAAGAUGGUACCUUCAGCAUUGAUGAUUUGCGUAAAAAAAUCCGCAAAAACCCUGACUUCCAUGAACCAAUUUCCUCGUUGAUUAUUGUUGAAAAUACGCACAAUUUAUGUGGUGGCAAAGUACUACCUUUGGAAUGGCUGGAAAAGGUCCAAGGAGUGGCUCGCGAGCACAACAUUCCCGUGCAUAUGGACGGAGCUAGAAUGAUGAAUGCGGCCGUUUACCUCAAAGUACCACCCAGUAGAAUUGUUAAGGAUGUUGAUUCGGUGUGCUUUUGCUUAAGCAAAGGAUUAGGUUGUCCUGUUGGAGCAAUUUUAGCUGGAACUUCUGAGUUUAUUACCAAAGCAAGACGAGUCCGUAAAGCUAUAGGAGGAGGCUGGAGACAAGCUGGAAUAAUAGCUGCUGCAGGUUUAAUCGCCUUGGACACAAUGAUUGACCGUUUGGAAGUUGAUCACAAUCACGCCUAUCAAAUAGCUAAAGCCAUCUACGCAAUGCAUUCGUCCAACUUCAAAGUCGAUUUGCAAACCGUCCAAACCAACAUGGUGGUAAUGUAUGUGGACAAAACGAAAAUUCCUAUUAAAGAGCUUCAGGUUCGAUUGCAAACCGUCUUGAAAACGGACAGUGUCAAGUGCAGUGUCCGGUGUAUGUCGUUGAAUCACGAUUGCGUCCGGUUCACGUUGUAUUGGGAAAUCGGCGACGAAGAUAUCCAGAUGGCUUGCGAAAAAAUCCAGCUAGUCAUCAGAGAGUACGACGACAUGUGCAGAUCGACAUUGAAAUAA